AUGGUUACAGGAGAAGAAGAGAAGAAACGGAGGCGCUCUGCGUUAAACAGUGAGGAGGAGGAAGAAGAAGAAGAAGGAAGGCGGAAGGGAAGGAGAAAGAUAGUGGGUGCGUUAUUGUGUCAAAACUUCUUUUAUUCUUUUUAUUUUUCCAAUCCAGUCCUUUUAGUUUCUGUAGACUUUCAAUUCGCAACCACUUAAGUUUUCUUCUAUUCACAUAAUAGUUCGUUUCGAGACCGGCCCAUUAUAAGGCCCACUAGAUCCUCUUUCGCCGGAACUUGUGUGAUUCAAAACGUCUCCGUACCAAUUUUGACACUAGACCCAAUUCUGAUUGCGACGGUUUACAAUACAAUCACCACGAAGAUUCGACCAAAACCGAACCAAAACUGA